CUAAAACAUUGCAAAAAAAACGUCAAGCGAUCAGUUGCUUUUGUCAAAUCACGCAAACCAGACAUCAAAAUGUUUAUCUGCAAAGUUUUUGCUUUAUUAUCUGUGCUAAGUUCAUUUAAAGCUCAAAAUACAAACCCAAAGUGUGACUUUACAAUUAAUGAGUGGCCUGGCUACUCUUGCUACCUGUCAUUGACCAACCCAAGUGGAUCGAACAGCUUUACAACAGUUGACGGUGCUCACAUCUCAAAUUUGACUAACGACAACAUCCUGCAAGUCAAAAAUAAUCCAGCAACAUUGACUAAAAACUUCCCAUCAAUAAUUUGCAAUCAAUUUCCAAAUACAAUCAAAAUUGAGUUCAAACAAGCUGGAAUUGAAGGCAUUGAUGGUGAUUCAUUCAAGAACUGCGGAGAUUUACAGGAAUUGAAUCUUGCAGCUAACUUGAUCACUCAAAUAUCAGAGAAUGCAUUCAGUGAGAAUCCAAAUCUUAGUGGACUGACUUUGGUCAACAAUAAAUUAACGACUUUACCAGAGAAUUUAUUAGCCAACAAUCCAAAGUUAAGUGCUCUACUAGUCAGCAACAAUCCACUUGAAACCAUCCCAAAUGGAUUCUUCAGAUCACUUACCAACCUUCAAGCACUUUUUGUUCAGCACACAAAUGUUAAGAACCUCCAACCAGACUGGUUUAAAUCACUACAAAAUACACAAGCUAUUUACUUAGAAUACAACAUGAUUGAUGACAUUCCAGAUGGAACAUUCUCGAACCUAAGAAAUGUCCAAUACUUAAGCCUUAAAGGCAAUGAUAUCAAAACACUGAGAGGUGAUGCUUUCGGUUCACGAACAGACUUUCAACUUAUUGACUUGUCAGACAAUCUAAUUGAGUCGGUCGAGAGGAAAUUUGCUGAACAGAUUAAGGCACAAGUCAUUAUGAUGGGCGGAAAUGUUUGCUAUUCUGGAACUGUUGUGCAUGUGUUCAGAUUGAGGAAUUUGGAAAGAUGCAUGAAGAAUUAUGUGGCAUAAUAUUGAUCUGAAGUUUAAAUUGAAGAAGCAUAGGAAUUUGGAGGUUAAUAAUUUGGUUAGGAUUGUUGGGGAACAGUUAAUGGUAUUUAACAAUCGAUAUUAAAUUUCCCAUGGCAAUUGAAAAUGUAAGAUAGUGUGCAAGUAUUCAAGGUGGAGCCAGGACACAACUCAAAUGAUAACAACAGAAUAAAGAUGUUCUACCUAUUCCAUAAACUAUCAAAAAAAUAUCUGUUUUCAUAAAUAAUCCCAAACUCUAAACAAAUCUCAAACAUCAAAAUUUUCUUAACGGCUUCAUUGUAAACAUUUUUGCUUAACGGUUUUUUAUUAUUUAAAAUUGUGUAUUUGCUAAAAAAAAAAAUUUAUUGAUUCAUGAAUAAAAUAAGCUUAAAUCAUUAAAAGCAGUUUAAUUGUAUCAUUGAAUUUUAUCAAAUUUUUUGCUUCAUUUGCUGCUGUAAAAACCCAAUUCAAAUGAGUCAUUCAUGGCUUAAUUCAUUUAUUUUUCCUUCAAUAAAACCUUUAAACUCUUACAAGCAACAAAAAGUUUCAAAUUGAUAGUUGUAGCUGUCAUAACAAUAUUAUUGCCCUUCUUUCGAUGAUGUUGCAAAGGAAGGCUGUUGAUCCAUCUUACAACGUUACCUUUUCAAAAGCCAUAGGUCAGUUACUAGAAGCAUCAUAAAGAGUCGUAUAAAGU